AUGACGACUCUAGAAAUUAAGAGAAGACUCGCAAUAGCUAAGAAUGCCACAUUUGCACUGACCAACAUAUGGAAAAAUAAAAGCAUUUCAAUAAAAACGAAGAAGAGACUCUUAAACACGCUAGUAUUCCCAGUUGCACUGUAUGGAUCCGAAUGCUGGAUACUUAAGAAAAUGGACGAGAAGAGAAUUGAGAGUUUCGAAUUGUACUUAGGAAUGGUGAUGGGGAAAAGAGAAAGAGGUAGACCAAAGACCAGAUUGUCUGAUAACAUCAAGGAAGUUUGCGGACUGACAAUGGUAGAAGCGGAAAGAGCGGCACAGGAAAGGGAGAACUGGAGGAAGCUGGUAAUGAGGGCCACGGAAAUUCGGGUGACCGAAUAG